CUGCGUCGUAACCCUGGUGACGUACAUUGGGCGCGCUGUAAUCAAAUAGUUUUGUGUCGUCUAAGUUUUUCAUUCAAACGGCGAGAAUUUGAUAAUUUUAUCUAUAUAUUGCUUUUGUUUUCCAACGAAGGGAAUGGGAUGCAAAAUAGUUUCAGACGCCAACGCUUUUGUAAAAUUUCUCAAGUUGUGUCAAGAUGAAAAUAAAGACAACUGCACGUAUAUGGAUGAUAUUUCAGUACUGCUGGUGGAGAAGGAAGAACUUUUGCAUGACAUAAUCAGUGGAAAUCAGCCUAUCUUUGUCUGUGAGAAAGCACAACCAAAGAAUGAAGCAGAAUCUACAGAAACUACAGCUGACACCAGUGUUGUUGAAGAGGUACUUUAUAAAGUGGAACAAGAUCUGGGGCCUCAGCCUCUCUCGGUCAUGAAAGCAAGGCAGCUGCUGUCGUGGUACACCAUGGCUCAUAACCCCAACAUGCCCCGGGUGGAAGUCCCAGGGCCUCUGCAUCCUCUCUGGGUCCGUUGUGACAAGUCGGACCCAUGUGCUACUGCCUGGCUUGGAGUAGAAACUAUCUACAGUGGGAACAAAACCAGUGGUGUCAAACUGUAUACAGUCUGCUGCAAAGGUCCAACAGGAGAUGAAACCUCUUUCACCACAUUGGAUGAGCUUAAACAAGAGCAUCAGAAUAGACACCAUCCUUCUGCAGUGGCGACCAAAGGCUAUGCACAGUUUAACAUGUUUUGCUCCUUGAAAGAGGAGAGCAUGAUGUUUGAGUCUCAAAGCAGUGUUAUAGCGAGUUUGACGUGGAACAAUGUGGAGAAAGUCUUGGAGAGUCCUCCCUUAUCUUCUAAAGCAACUCUGAAUAUCAAAGUUGCAGUUGGAGACAUAAGAAGUCCACUGUAUCAGACCCACAGAGAGAUGGAGUUCCUUCUGGCUCUGGCAGAGGGUUUGAGAACAGGAGAAACUGAAUGGUUGGAACCAAUGGAGACUCAGUCUGCAGUGGACCUGACCAGAGCACUCAUAGAGGAGCUUGAGAACCUUGCUCAUGGAGUACAAGGACACACUGGCAAAGUUUCUGAGAAACAGAAAGCUAAGACAGAGGCUGCUGCAGCCUUCAGCUCGAUGGUAAUUGAGAGAGGAGACCUGGAUUUUACAGAACAACUGUGGGAGAAGAUGAGGAGGAGUGUAACUUCGUAUCAAGACAUAACAGAAUGCCUGAAAAUUGUUGUCAAAGCAGUGAAACUUGGUAAAAUCAAACCAUGGAUCCACAAAGACAGCAGUAGCACUCUCAGUAAGCUGAUCCUGCAGUCGUACCAGCAGCAGAUCGACACCAUGCCUCUCACUGGCCUCACACCCGCUAAUAUGCUGCUAGAGUUGGGCCUGGACAAGAUCAGGAAAGACUUCAUCAACUACCUUGUUGGAAAGGAACUUACAACUCUCAACUAUUUGAGUUACUACUUGGACACCGAGGUGGACCUGCAGGAGCAGGUGAUAAGAGUGAGGAAACUGCACCACCUGCUGGAGAUCCUGGGCACCUGCAGUACAUUCCUCAGUCUUCCUCAUGACCGCCUUUUCCUUUUCACUCAGUCCUGUUUGCAGUACUAUAAAACAUCCAACUAUGAUGAGGACCAUGUCUUCCAGCUGCAAAUUAAGCCUGCCCUCAUUAGCUACUUUUAUGAAAAGGAGCAGCCAUUCUCUUGGGGCAUGGAGGUGUCCAGUGGACUGGGGUCUAAGGAAGUCAAGACAGCAUUGUACCUCAGUGACAAGCCCCUAGUAGACCACAUCAGUUUUGACUUGGAUGUGCCCCUGGAUGAGUCUGUCAAUGGAGAGUGUGAGAAGAUGUCUUACUACAGGACCAUGGUGAGCUGUAGCCUCAUCAGCUUCACUUAACACCGGUUCAACUAAGUUAGAAUCAAUGAUCCACUGACCUGCAGCUAGGAGGUGAUUGCUGGUGGAGCAAGUCUCUGUAGCUUUCCUCUUCCAGUUCUCAACCUGCCGAUGAUGAUGAUGAUGAUGAUUCAGGACAUAUGGUCAUUGUCUCAUUUAGUCAUACUGUUCUCAUACAGAUGGAGGUUUGCACAAAUGGACACUCCUUUCAAGAUUCUAUUCUGAUUCUACUCUAAUCUGACCAUUUAUGUGGUAUUUAACUUGACUGUUUAAUUCUGAUAAUUACACCACCCUUUAAUACAUAGAUUAUGUAAACAAGUAUAUAUAAAAAUAUAUUGUUUUGUAUCAUCUGAAAAUAAACAUUUGGAACAUGU